AGCUCUGUUUCUGGUUGAUAGUUGCUUCUCUGCCGGAUUUCAAGCCUCCAGUCGAUAUACUUUCUGCCAGUAAAUUUGAAAAAGAAAAUCAAUGCUACCAGACGGCCUCAUGAGCUUGAGAAGCGACGACGAAGAAAGUCUGCGGCCAUUACCGCAAGAUCAAACUUCCGAUUCCGACGGUACUGAUUCGAGUAGCGAUGAGGCCGAUGAUGUGGAAGCAGACUCCAGGAGGUUCGAGCAAAUCAUCUCGGAUCUUCGAGUUGGCGAUCUUCGUCUCGACGAGCCAGAAAGGCUAGAGACAUUCAUGCACAACCACCAGUCGAUUCUGAGCAAAACGACAAGCCCAGAGAAUAAGACUCUGCUCCAUUAUCUGGCCGAGAAAGACAUCUCGAUGGUUUCGGUCCGUGGGAUGAAAAGCCUGGUUCUUCGUCUUGUUCAGCUCGAAGCGGAUCUUCUCGCCCAGAAAGAUUGUGACGAUAAAACGCCUUUGAUGCGCGCCACCUCGUUGAGGAACCAUGAACUUGCAGAAGCCAUGGUCAAGGCCCAUGGUGAAGUCGACAGAAUCCUGAGGAUCACGUACAAACUUGGCGGUAACUGUCUGCAUGAAGCAAUCAGGAACAAGUCCGCACCAAGGAGCCGCUCUAAGCCAGCUGCCCUAGAUGACGACCUUGUCGAUCUACUAGUUAGCAGAGCGAGUUUUGAGACACUGUGCGCCCAGGACCAAUAUGGCCUUUCCCCAUUGCACCUAGCAGUGGACUACAGCCGAUGCGACAAGUCCCAGCCUAGAAUCGUUCGCAGUCUGGUAGAAAGAUGUCCCGCUGCGCUGGAUCUGAGAGACAACAAACAGUUGUCUCCAUACAGAUAUCUCGAGGAAACCCAGAAGGCAGCAAUGGAAAAGGCCCGAAAGAAAUUGCUGAAAGAAGAAAAGCGGUCUGAGUACGGAAGCUCUGGUUCUGUCAAGAAGACGGGUAGUGUAAACCAUCGAGGCGGGAGAGGGUCCCUUCGUGACAGGCCACAUGGGAAAUUUGAGGAUGGCACUGGCGGAUUGCAACCGUUGCGCGACUUGAUCACACAGGCCGAAGCACCGCCAACCGGAAAGUAUGGAACCGACACGAUCAUCUCCAGGGUUGCGUCCAAAUCUUCCAUGGCACCACCAGGUAACAAGGUCCUUGAGACUUCAGCAAACAUGAAAGUGACAAGGCAGGGGCGGAGGAACAAGCUGUCCAAGGUGAAGCCAGACGAGGCAAGUGUGGUUGGGAUCAAGAACUUCUUGAAACUUCACUACAUGCGUACCAAAGGACACAGUGAGGUCGUCACCUUCUUAUAUGGCAAUCGCGAUGCCCGUCAGAUCAAUUUUGAUCUUUCAGAAGACGCUCUUGUAGUCCGAAUGAAUGAUUUCAAAGACUUGAAAUUCGAGGAUGUUCUACAAUACGUCGAGGUGGCCCGGCUCAAGGUCGAGGGGAAAACCUCAGCCAAAGACGCCACGGGGCGAACAGACUUGGAAGAGCUCUUUGGGUGGCUGAAAAAGCAGGGUGUUGGCAGGAUUUUGACGGUCAUCGUCGAUGAUCUUCAUUCGCCGGCUCACAGUGACGAAGCCAUUGAGACCUGUCUGGAGGGAUUGGGUAUAGAGACGUGGGACUGGAGAAAGAAAGACAUUUGUUCGGAAGUAAUCAAAGUGGUCGCUCCAGACGUAAGAGUUGUCCACCUUUACUGGGGAGGCAACAAUGCCAUUCUCAGAAGUUGGAGCUCUGUCGAAGGGCUGAGGAGCCUGCCUGCGCUAGAAAAAGUCUACAUUUCCCUGGAACAGGGCCUCGAGACAAAUGCUCGCAUGCGAGUAAACUUUGAAGCUUUCAAGAAACGCAUUCAAGGCAACAACAGCCAGAUUAUGGUCUUUGAAAAGAAAACGCCCACUAGCGGCGUGACUGACAUCCACGUUGACGACCACGGGCGUGAUCGGCGUGGAGAACAUCAAUGGCUGAGGGUCAUGGAGAAUUUUAGCCUAUUCCUCCGGAAUGCCGUGGACAAUGCCAACCUCAACGGCAUAAAAGAUACAACCGGUGGAUUUUCAAUGAAGCAUGAUAUUAAAGUAGCGUUGAUCGACGAUGGGGUGGACAUUGGCGACCCUCGCAUCUCUGAAUGUUUUGCUGAGGGUUACUCGUAUGACGAGCGUGACGGCGAUGGUGCUGAUCGUGUCCACCCCUUUUAUCGAUCUAGUGGUGGGCAUGGCACGGCAAUGGCUAGUCUCAUCUGUAAAAUUUGCCCCAAGGUUCGUCUCUGGGUUUUCAGACUCAGGGAGCGUAUCGUUGAUGGUAAUCGACAGCUUACGGCAAAGAGUGCCGCUGAGGCCGUGAGACGUGCCAUAGACAACAGUGUAGAUGUCAUAUCGAUGAGCUGGACGAUCGAAAAGACCGAGUCCAACAAGAGUGACGUUGGAGAGCUUGAGAGAGCAAUCGAAGACGCCGCCAAGAGCGAUAUUUUGAUGUUCUGCUCAGCAUCUGACCAGGGUAUGAGGCGAGACAAUACCUAUCCUUACAGAUGUCCAACAAAGAAGAUCUUCAGGAUAGGUGCAGCAAAGGCAACUGGGGCAGCGGACGAGUAUGUCGGAGACCCCAAUGCCGUUGAUUUCUUGUUUCCUGGGCACAAGGUCGUAGAGGAGGAUUCUGGGGAUUCCAAUGAGGCCAAGCAGAGAAGGGCGCUACCACGAGAUCUAACCGGCAGCUCCGCCGCGACCGCUCUGGCUUCUGGGCUUGCUGCAUUGAUCCUAUACUGCGUCCAGGUGGGGUGCGUGUUGAAAGCUCCUGGCAACAACCCGGAAGAAGCGGACUAUGCCAAUUUCGAAGCAUUGAAAAGCCACGAGCGAAUGAAGACGGCUCUGGAGCGGAUCGGUACUACCAAGGAGAGCAACAAUAAGUUCAUCGAAGUGUGGAACAGAUUUGAGAAAAUCGUGAAAAAGGCUGAGGGAGAGCCUCAGGAUUUCCGCAUAGGUUUUAUCGAAGAGUUGGCGGACGAUUUGAUGCGGACAGACUGAGGGUGGGAUAAAAUGAGAAGAGAGUGGAGAGAGAGACUGUGUGUAUGUAAGUGUGAAUUAUGAAAUGGCCGAGGAACGCAGGUCGAAAAGGGUGGGAACGAUACACGGCAGGCGCAUCCGCCACUGUUUAGUGAUGUGGAGGGGGGUGAUGUCUGGUUAUUAUGCGCUAUGGUGGGGUUUCUCUGGGCGGUUUAUGAUUGCUACAAAUUCAAGUAAAUAGGUACCUACCUACCUACCUACCUAGGUAAGGUAGGUACAUAUCGACGCUUGGUGCAAGAGAGCCUCAAAGAGCGGUGUCUUAAUGGUUGUGAUAGACUUGUGAUAUUCAUGUCUAAAGGGUCUAUCAUACAAGUGCCCAAAGAUCCGACAGCUACUAUACAGCUUAGGAUUUCUUAGGCAGACAAUGAAAUUAGUACAAAGGAGAGAAGAC